UGUACGUUUGAAUUGCUGAAAGCUAUUCCAACACGUGUCUAGACAUACGGAUCAGCAGCGCAAAGCGAAAGAGAGGUUUGAGGGAGACUGAAGUCCUCACCAAGUUUCCCACUAAAAAUGUACCGGAUGGAUGAAUCUCCAUUAAAAUUAAAAAUCCACACUGUCGGCGCUGGGUAUCACUAAAAGCAUGUUUUUUUUCUGUGCAGAAAUGGAGAUAAGGCAUGAGAAUCAUGCGGUCAAAAUCAGAGCAUACAGAUAUUUGAUAACUUAUUUAGCCUACUUUUGGAUUUGUACUGAGUAAUGAAUUUACAGGGAGGUUCUAUUCGAUGGGACAGAUUGAAUGCCAUGGACGUCACGAUGUAGGAAGAGAGAAGAAUUCCAAGGUCCAAAUAAUUGGGUCGACAGCAGAAUUACGACCAGAGCCACCGCCUCUUUCUCUCCCACUCAUAUUUUAUCAUUAAUACAACAAAAAGGUUCAAAUCAAUGACAUGGAAUAGAAUGGACAGUCCCUAAUCCCACCAAUAGUUUUUCUCUGCAAUUUGACCGGUGGAAAUUUAGGAAUCCUGGCAUGGCAAUUGUGGGCCGGUGUUUUUCUAGGGCUGGGUAUUGCAAGUGUUGGCCAAAACAUCUCAUCACAAUAGCUGUGAUGAUCUAGAUUGACGUCUCUGGUAAUAAUUAUAGGGACACCUGGGAUGAUUUGGAGCUUCAAUUGCCUAUAUAAAUGGAGGAUUGGUGCCUCAUAGAAUGGGCAUACUUGCUUCUGCUGUAUUUUGUAUUGCAGUAAGAGGAGUUGUAAUGGAGAGAGGCAAAAGUUUCAUUUUGCUUAUUGUUUUAAAUGGGUUUCUAGUGAUGUCUGUCAUGGCAUACCCUGCAGUCUUUUGGGAAGAUUUUCGCAUAACAUGGGCAGAUGACCACAUUAAGCAAACCAGUGCACUAGAUGGCAAUGCCAUUCAGCUUCGUUUGGACCAAAUCUCAGGCUCAGGAUUUGCUUCUAAGAAAAAGUAUCUUUUUGGUCGAAUUAGCAUGAAAAUCAAACUUGUUCCUGGUGAUUCUGCUGGAACAGUGACUGCUUUUUAUAUGAAUUCGGACACAGACAACGUGAGGGAUGAAGUAGACUUUGAAUUUUUGGGGAACAGAUCAGGACAGCCAUAUACUGUUCAAACAAAUAUUUUUGCCCAUGGCAAGGGUGACCGAGAACAGAGAGUAAACCUCUGGUUUGAUCCUUCUGCACAAUUUCAUACCUACUCUAUUCUAUGGAACCAUUACCAUAUAGUAUUCUCAGUAGAUGAUAUACCAAUCAGAGUAUAUAAAAACAAUGAAGCAAAAGGGAUCCUUUAUCCAAAGUCUCAGCCCAUGGGAAUAUAUUCCACUCUGUGGAAUGCAGAUAACUGGGCUACAAGAGGAGGGCUAGAGAAGAUAGACUGGAGUAAAGCACCAUUCAAUGCUUAUUACAAAGAGUUUGAUAUAGAAGCAUGUUCAAUUCCAGGAGGAGUUAGCUGUCCCUCUAACACCACCAAUUGGUGGGAAGGUUUGAAGUACAGGAGUCUCAGUCCUGUACAAGCCAGGAAUUACAGGUGGGUGAGACUGAAUCACAUGGUAUAUGACUACUGUACAGACAAAUCUAGGUACCCAGUUCCACCACCUGAGUGUUUGGAUGGCAUAUGAACUGCUUUUAAACACCAUGCCUUGGAAGAACAAGUUCAGGAUGACUGGCUAUUAUUACCUGUAUGGAGGAUAUGUAUGAUAAAAAUAGAUAAUGUAUUCUGUACAUACUAUGUAAUAAUAAGGAGGAAAAUCCAAAAUUGCUAUUAGAAAUUGGUCAGGGGUAUGGGGAUUGUAAAUCAUAGAGAUUGUUUUUUCUUCUAUAUAGGCUAACAUGUGCAAUCAAAAGGAACUGUAAUUAAGAGGUUAAUAUUUCCUGUCUGAACAACAACCGGGGGUUAUUCAAUCUCUAAGAUGCAUCAAUGACUAAGUUACUUUCAUACAUCAUAAUUUAUGCAUUGGUGCAUCUUAGGAGCUGGACAGCUGUUUCUCAAAAUCAACAAGAGAAACUCCUCCCUAAAUAUCAGACUUCUAUUUUUUACUGGUUAUCUAGGUAAGUUUGAUAGCUAAUCAAUCCCAAUUCAAUUUUUAAAGAAGACAUCACCUUACAUAUUUGAUAGAUACUGGUUAAAUUC